AUGGAGUCUAUAAUUUCACGGCAAGAUUUAUCCGAGUCGCCGGCGAUGAGCUCUUUGUCACUCACAACACUCGCAACAGUUACAACAGCCAAAAAGUCACACGGAACUUUUAUGCUUUUUGACAACAAUCGCAUCAUUAGCGGUGACAAUAUUAGCAACAUUCAUGACAUUCAGAAUAAUUUCAUUCUUGGCAAAUACAACAACAGUUUGCAAAUCAUGAAUACAAGUUCGACAGGCAAUGGCAAUGGCAGUGGCACUGUUAGCGGCCUGGAUGAAAGUAAUGAGAUGUUGAACACUUUCGAAAUACUCGGUAUUAUGUUGAAUUAUUACUAUGUGCCCGUCUUGGUGUGCACCGGUAGUUUGGGUAAUAUACUCUCAGUGUUUGUCUUUUUUAAAACGAAAUUACGCAAACUUUCGUCCAGCUUCUAUUUGGCCGCAUUGGCGGUUAGUGAUACUUGUUUCCUGUUGGGCCUCUUCAUGCAGUGGCUUAACUUUGUCGACAUUGACAUUUACAAUCGUGACUUCUUCUGUCAGUUUUUUACAUUCUUCAGCAAUUUGGCGUGCUUCUGCUCAGCCUGGUUUGUAGUGGCGUUCACUGUGGAACGCUUCAUCGCUGUGGGAUAUCCACUUAGGCGGCAGACAAUGUGUACCGUGCGUCGCGCGAAAAUCGUUAUAUUCGCACUCACUGCUUGGGGCUGCCUACAUUGCACACCCUAUUGGAUUUCGUCAACGCCGCUCUAUGCGCCGAAGCUGGAAACGAUUUUAUGUGAUAUGAACACUGACUAUAAGGACUUCAUGACGGUAAUGAACUACUGGGAUACAUUGGUGGUCUUUGCAGUACCAUUUACAACAAUUUUUGUAUUGAACACAAUUACUGCUUGUAGAGUAUGGAAGUUUGCAACUAUUCGGCGUUCGCUAACAAUGCAAAAGAGAAAAACACAGCAGGUGUCUAAAGAUGCACUAACGUCAUCGACAUAUCGGUCAUCAUCAUCAGUGAAGCGCCAAAAAUCAUCAUCCACAUACAGCACUUCACUUAAUAAUGAAAAUCAGGCGGAUGUCAGAGUAUUACAGAGAAAAUCAGCUAUAUUAUCGCCGAAUGCAUCUUGA